AUGGCGAUCAAUUUCAUUUGCUGGCCAAGUACCAAACGGGCAUGGAUCUCGGCGCUGCUGCUCAACCUGGUCAUGAUGAUUCAAGUCCACGGUCAGCCUUCUUCUGGGUUCAUAAGCAUCGACUGUGGAUUGAGAAACAGCAGUUCCUACAACGACAGCACGACUGGGCUACGGUUCGAUCCCGACGGUGGAUUUGUCGAGGGUGGCAUGAGAAAACAGAUGUCUCAAGAGUUUAUGGCUAAUGCCACAAAUGAGCAACAAAAAACUCUCAGGAGCUUCCCUGACGGCUCAAGGAAUUGCUAUACACUGCCAUCCACCAUCGGUAAGAAGUAUCUAUUGAGGGCCAUGUUUACUUACGGCAACUACGAUGGGUUGAACAAGACGUUGGAUGGGUCCCUAUUUCUGUUUGGGCUCCAUAUUGGCGUUAAUUUCUGGGAGGCAGUGAACUUGACAAACUUGAACCCAUCGGCUGUGAUACUGAAGGAGGUGCUCACAAUUGCCCCGAGCAACUCCGUGUCUAUCUGCUUGAUAAACUUCGGUUUAGGGAUUCCUUUCAUAUCCUCGUUGGAGCUGAGGCCACUCGAAGAUACGAUGUAUCCUUUUGUCAAUUCUUCCGUAUCAAUCAGCAUGGAAUCACGGACCAGUUUUGGCAACGUCCCUGACAUUGUCAUAAGAUAUCCUACGGAUAAGUAUGACCGCUACUGGGUCACAUGGACAAACAAAUCAUACCCAUGGGUAAUCCUGGACACUACAAAUAAAGUGGAGAGCCUCCCCGGCAACAACUUCUUCAAUGUACCGUCGGCUGUCAUGCAGAAUGCCUUGAGCAUAGAAUCGAACUACUCAUCCUUUAGAAUCACCGUGAAACCACGUCCCGAACUGGUUCUCCCAAUCUUCCACUUUGCCGAGAUCAAUGGGAGCAACCCGAACAGGAGGUUCGACAUUUACAGCGCUAAGGAAUUAUUGUUCUCGGACUUCUCCCCAUCACGAUUCCAGGUGGACAGCAUGCACCAGAGUGGACGGUUCUUGUACAACCCCAGAGCCUUCCGCCUGAACAAGACGCACAACUCAACACUCCCGCCGCUCCUCAAUGCAGCCGAGAUGUACUUGCUCGUUCGGAUGGAUAACCUCACUACUGACUCGGACGAUGUCAAUUACAUGAAAGAGGUCAAGAACCACUACAAUUUGAAACAAAUGAACUGGAAUGGAGAUCCGUGCUCCCCAAGAGAAUAUUCCUGGGAAGGAUUGACUUGCGACUACUCAAAGAGCAACCAAAAUCCAAGGAUUGUUUCAGUAAAUCUCUCUGCGAGUGGAUUGAAAGGUGGAUUAGCUGUAUCAUUCAUGAACAUGGUAUCACUAGAAAACCUGGAUUUAUCACACAAUAAAUUGACGGGAGCUAUUCCAGACUAUCAACUAAAGUCACUCAAAAUUCUCAAUUUGUCAAACAACCAGCUCGUUGGGCCAAUCCCCGAUUCUAUUCUUCAAAGAUCUCAGGCUGGUUUGCUUGAUUUAAGAUUGGAAGGCAACCCUAUAUGCUCAAAAGUCAAAGAUACAUACUGCUCAAAUAAGAAGAAGAAUAACCUACAAACAAUGCUUAUCGCAGUGACGGUUCCUGUGAUACUGGUAUCCCUCCUAAUAUUGAUGUGCAUAAUCUGGAAGUUAUGCUGGAAAGAGAAGUCGGAUCAUGAGGAUUAUGCCAUGUAUGAAGAGGAAACUUCCCUAUAUGUUGACAUCAAACGAUUCACGUACGUAGAGCUCAAGCUCGUAACAAACGACUUCCAGUCAGUCAUUGGAAAAGGUGGUUUUGGUAUUGUUUAUCAUGGCAAACUGGAAAAUGGUGAUGAAGUAGCCGUUAAGGUGCUGAUGGAAACGUCAAUAGCGGAGUCCAUAGACUUCCUCCCUGAGGUACAAACCUUGUCCAAAGUUCAUCAUAAGAAUCUUGUGACUUUGAAGGGAUAUUGCCAAAACAAGAAGUGCCUCGCUCUCAUUUAUGACUUCAUGUCGAGAGGGAAUCUUCAACAACUUAUCAGAGGAGGAGAUGACUAUUGUUUGAAUUGGGAACAACGACUUCAUAUUGCACUUGAUGCUGCACAAGGGCUGGAGUAUCUACACGAGUCAUGCACCCCAUCAAUAGUUCACAGAGAUAUAAAGACCCCCAACAUCCUUCUAGACAAGAAUCUUGUGGGGAUAAUAUCUGAUUUUGGGCUUUCCCGGGCUUUUAAUGAUGCUCACACACACAUAUCUACUGUUGCUGCUGGCACUCUUGGCUACCUCGACCCUGAGUACCAUGCAAACUUCCAACUCACAGUCCAGACAGAUGUUUACAGCUUCGGCAUCGUGCUGUUGGAGAUCAUCACUGGCCAGCCCCCAGUAUUGAUGGAGCCUCAAACCUUUCAUCUACCAAACUGGGUACGCCAUAAGAUUGCCAUGGGCAAUAUUCAUGACAUCGUGGACAAGAGGUUGUUGGAUCAGUACGAUGCCAGUUCACUCCAGAGUGUGGUAGACCUCGCCAUGAACUGCGUCGAAAACGCGGCCAUCGACAGGCCGACCAUGACUGAGGUUGUUUCAAGGCUCAAAGAGUUGUUGCCAGUAGUUUCAAGCGAAAGGUUGUCUGUUUCUGCUUCAACUAGUAGUAUGAACCCCAUGGAUGCUGAAAUUCGAAGGCAAUUUCAGUUGACGAUUUCUGGAGUAAGCAACGAGGAGUACUCCUUCAAGUCUGGUUAUACCGGUGGGAUGUCUGAAUUGAUCCCUUUAUCUGGACGGUGA